AUGAGACUGCGAAUUGAAAAGAUCAAAGAGACAAUCAGCCUUUGCUUAUCGCUCAUCAGUAUCCUCAACCUAUCAGACCAGGACCUAAUAUCUAUGCAAAAGAUGCACGAAAUGCAGAAUCGAGAAAACACUCUGGAUCUGAACGAGAGCUACUUCGAUGUUGACACUUUACGUUUCAUCCAGAACAAUCCGAAGGAAUUCGGAUUAAUGGACCAUCAUCUAAAGUUUGUUACGAGGUUAGCAGGAACUUUACAAUCAUUGAAAGAAGCGAAACAAAAAAGAUGGGAUUACUAUUCGAGGUCUUGCGUUGGACUUUGGGAAAAGUUAGGAGAGCGUAAAGAGUAUGCGGAACAGUUUUUGGAAGCAAAUUCAUCUCUUACGGAUAUGUCGUUGUCAAAUCUCAAGAUGGAACUUAAGAGGCUUUUGAUUAAGAGGCAAGAGUUUGUGGAUACAUUCAUUGCUGACGCUAGAAAAUCCAUCAAAAGCUUACAAGAUGCUCUUUAUUAUUCUGACGAAGAGAGAAAAGCAUUCAAGUACGAUGAGUGUACGAUAGAGUACGGGUCAGAGAAAAAAGAAGAGAUUCUUAACGAGCAUGAAGCUGAGGUUGAACGUUUGACAAAAGAAUACAAGUCGAAAGAGUCCAUUCUUUCCCUCUAUGCACAGUUCAAUGAACUUAUCAAAGACCGAAAAUUUUUAGAGGAGUCCUCAAAAGACUCUUCUAGAUUAUUGAGCAAAAACUCAUGCAAGAUUUUGCUUAAUGAAGAGAAGAUUAGAAAAAGGAUCCACAAAAAUUUGCCCCGUGUUAUUGAAAACUUAAAACAAGAGGUGAUUGAAUUCAACAAUAAACAAUUUGGAGAGGGAAAGAGACCGAUCACAAUCAGGGGAGAAGAUUUCUUUGAACAUGUGCUUUUAUUAGAGGCAGAAAAUAAUAAUCAACGGAACUCCAAACCCUUCAGAGGAAACAAAGGCAGAGUGGCCCGAGCCGAAUCUCCAAAAAAGAGCAACCCACGCUCCAGUAUCUCUCCUAGAAAGAGAAGCCCUGCCAAAAUUGGCAAGGAAACACUGGUGCGUAGCCGUUUCUCCUCUAGUUCUAAUCCGAUUCACUCUUCUGGCUCUUCUGUCAUCAAGAAUUCUUUUGAAAAGAAGCACAAGCUGAUCAUACACAACAGGAGAGAUUCAAGUAUUUUAUCUCCUUCACUUUCCUUCAGCCCUCCAAAACUUCAAACAAGAAAUCCAAGUUCUAACCUCGCUAAUUUACUUGGAUCUCAUAUUCAACCUCUUAAUUCCCCUCUUCGCCCAACUGAAACCAUAUGUGCUGAUUUCGAUAACAAAAGUGACAACAGUACAUUAUACUCUAUGUGUUCCAGGGUGUCGCCUCUUCGGAAUGGCAAGGGUGAUGAUUCAGCAUUGCAAGCUAAUUUCUCUCCCAUAAGAGUACCGCUCACUAAUAAUACUGAGAACAAGGAAAAUCAUGGAAUAGAAAUAGAGAAAUAUGCUCUAUCUCCGAUUAAUAUGCCACAGGAGCGGACAAAAAGUUAUCAGUCUGAAAAUAGCGAAGUCCUGGCUCUCGUGGAUGACAAGAGAAUGAGCAUUAACAGCUUAGCCAAUUCAACGAUUAUUGGAGAUGACUACAAACUUUGGAGAGACGAGAAGAUACGGAGAUUAAAUGAGGAUUUUUAG